AUGUUUGCAAUGUUCAAGUCACCAGUAGUGCGUAUUUCCGCAAUCGCCUCAUCACAAAUCCGCUACUUUUCAUUGUAUCCGCCAUCAUGUAACCGCUUUCUAGAGCUCGUAAAUGACAUAAGAUCACAAUACCCGAUCAAUGAAAUUACACCAAAAGAAUUACAGGAAACGCUAUCAUCGUCCCGAUCAAAUAAUCAAGAAUCGGAUGUGGUAGUAAUUGAUGUCCGAGAAAAAGAUGAACAUUUGCGAGGUGUAAUACCCGGUGCUAUCCCAUUGCCACGGGGGAUCCUAGAAAGGGAUGUAGAACGAAAAGUGAUAGGUGUUGAUGAGGUGAACAAAGACAACGGUAAGAAUGUCGUGGUUUAUUGUGCUGGCGGAGUAAGAAGUAUAUUGGCGGCGGAGAGUUUAAUUCGACUUGGUUACAAAAAGGAGAAUGUUAAAAGUUUAUUAGGUGGAUACGAAGGAUGGAAACAGAGUGGAUUCAAAACUGAAAAUUAUAAAGAAUCAUAG